AUGCCUGCCGACAUCAACGUUGACGUCCUCGUCAUUGGCAUGGGACCUACUGGUCUCGGUGCUGCGAAGCGUCUGAACCAGAUCGACGGUCCUUCAUGGUUGAUCGUGGACUCGUCUGACAAGGCUGGUGGUCUUGCCGGUACCGACACCACUCCCGAGGGCUUCCUGUACGACGUCGGUGGCCAUGUCAUCUUCUCCCACUACAAGUACUUCGACGACUGCCUGGACGAGGCUCUCCCCAAGGAUGACGACUGGUUUGUCCACGAGCGUGUCUCCUACGUCCGCUACAAGGGCCUCUGGGUCCCCUACCCCUUCCAGAACAACAUCUCCAUGCUGCCCAAGGAGGACCAAGUCCGGUGUAUGGAUGGCCUGAUCGACGCCGCCCUGGAGCACCGCGUUUCCAACACCAAGCCCAAGGACUUUGACGAGUGGAUUCUGAGAAUGCAGGGUCCUGGCCUCGCCGACAUCUUCAUGCGACCCUACAACUACAAGGUCUGGGCUGUUCCCACCACAAAGAUGCAAUGCCAGUGGCUCGGCGAGCGAGUUGCUGCCCCCGAUGUCAAGACCGUCACCAAGAACAUCAUCUUGAACAAGGUCGCCGGCAACUGGGGUCCCAAUGCUACCUUCCGAUUCCCCGCUCGGGACGGUACCGGCGGUAUCUGGAUCGCCGUCGCUGACACUCUCCCCAACGAGAAGAAGCGCUUCGGCAAGCAGGGCGAGGUGACCAAGGUUGAUGCCGAGAACAAGACCGUCACCAUGGCCGACGGCACCACCAUUGGCUACGGCAAGCUGGUCAACACCAUGGCUGUCGAUCACCUCGUUGAGAAGAUGGGCAACAAGGAGCUCGUCACCCUGUCCAAGGGCCUCUACUACUCUACCACCCACGUCAUUGGUGUUGGUAUCCGCGGCGCGCGCCCCGAGCGCAUCGGCGACAAGUGCUGGUUGUACUUCCCCGAGGACAACUGCCCCUUCUACCGUGCCACCAUCUUCUCCAACUACUCCCCCUACAACCAGCCCCAGAAGGGAGAAAAGCUGCCCACCCUGUACCUUGCCAACGGCGACAAGGCUGCCUCGUCUGAGGCCAAGGAGGGCCCCUACUGGUCUAUCAUGUUGGAGGUGUCACAGUCCACUCUGAAGCCCGUGGAUGUCGACAACCUUCUCAAGGACUGCAUCCAGGGUCUCAUCAACACCGAGAUGCUCAAGCCCGAGGACGAGAUUGUCUCCACCUACCACCGUGCCUUUGACCACGGAUACCCCACCCCCACCCUGGAGCGUGAGGGUGUCCUCAAGGAGCUGCUGCCCAAGCUCCAGGAUCUCGGCAUCUACUCUCGAGGCCGCUUCGGCAGCUGGAGAUACGAGGUCGGCAACCAGGACCACUCCUUCAUGCUGGGUGUCGAGGCCGUCGACCACAUCCACAGCGGAGCCGUUGAGCUGACCCUCAACUACCCCGACUUUGUCAACGGCCGACAGAACGGCGAGAAGCGUCUGGCUCAGGCCUUUAGCUAUGGCGCCCAGCCCCUGCCCACCCGGGAGAGGAACUAA